UAUCUGGAAUAGUACCAAAACCCCAAAACGCAAGAAUUAUUUCAGUUAAUCUUCAUAGCAUUUUACAGUGGGAUGCACCUAGGUUUCACGAAGGGAAUAUAAGUUACACUGUCCAAUCUCAGAGCAUCAAUUUCCCUGGACACACAUAUGAAAAUGUGAGCACAAACUUGAGACUCACAGAGUGUGAUGUCUCUUCUCUGUCUGCGUAUGGAGACUACAUUUUACAGGUCAGAGCGGAGUCAGAAGAUAACCAUUCAGACUGGGCGACCGUCAGAUUUAAGCCAAUGGAUGACACAGUCAUUGGGCCACCUGAUGUAAAAGUAAAGUCUGAGUCUGGGUCCCUGCAUGUGGAUUUCACAGGCCCUUUUGCUGAACAUGGACAUGACAAGUGGCCUCUAAAGCAAUAUUACGGCUCGUGGAAUUACAGAAUACUGUACUGGAAGAAAGGCAGCAAUACAGAG